AUAUGAAUAAGUGAAUCUCACGCGCCUCCUUAGUGAGUCCCCGCUCAUGUUUCUGUGUCCUCCUCAGCUCACGGUGGCAGUCGAGGCGGUGGCCGCUUCAGUCGGUUCCUGGUGCCCCGCACGUGCGCGCCUGAUGACGAUGGCGCGACGGUGGAGGCCGUUUGUGCCAUAGUGCGCCAGUGCCGUGAUUCCCUGAUGGGUGGCCAGCGCGGCCGCGGCGCAUGGCUGGCGUGGAAGGCAGCUCUGUAUGGAUGUGUUGCUAACAACCUAACCAUUGAAAACAGCCAAGAAUCUCUAGACGCUGCCAUUGAGAGCCUCACCAGUGAUACUGAUUUGAUCAGUCUUUGGCAAACCAGCUCCAGCGCGUGUUUGGGCGCCCUGCCCGAGGAACUGACCGCCGAGCAGCAGCCCGUGUUCCUCCUGGCCUGCAUCAAAGGGAGACUCAAGCUCGACUGCGCGCUCCAAGAUGAGGACGCCGCGCUGUGCCGGCGCGCCAGAAGUGGCCUGCUGCGCAGACGGAGGUGCUCGCUCGCCAACCUGCUGCCGUGGAGCAGCCGGCGCCGCUGUCUGCUCGAGAGCCUGCAGGAGCCCGGCGGCUCGCUGCCCGGCGGCUGGUGGCGGCGGGGCGCGCUCAACUGCUCCGAGCUGCUGGCCGCUGCCGUGGACGUCACCGGCUGUGCCAUGAGGAACGUCUCGCUGGCCGAGGGUGACACUGUGGAUCGCGCCCAGCUGGAGACGGCCAUCUCCGAGAUGGGUGACAGCGACACCCUCCUGGACAUCCUGGAAGCGUGUCCUAGGACCGACCUGGACGCCUUCAUCAACUGCUGGAGUGAGACGGCGCCGGAGCAGUGUCUCAUCAGCAGGGCCAUAGCAGUGGCCGAGGCGCUCCAGCAACAGGACACGGAGGAGCCAGUGUGA